AUGGACGAGUUCCCGCCGAAAUAUUUCCUUAGUCCAAAUGACCCAGCUCUUGUCUGGGCCGGGAAAGACAAGGGGGGUCAGCGGGGUCCUCUCGUGGAAUUAACGGAUAAGAAGUUGCUCGACCACAUCAGCCGGAGUACCAAGAAGCCAUCAACCAACCUUAAGCCCCAGCUAGAGCAAUCUCAUGGGGGGAUCACUGUGGACAUGCAUCCCGAAUUCUCGCUUACAUGGGGGCACGCUGCCAAUCCGCCCAAGGACGACAGUCUGUGGGAUAAUUCCUGCUGGCCCAGCGUCAUCGCCGCUGGCGACCCAGGCUUCGUCCUCCUGUCCCUCGACAAGUGGAAUGACAAGAACCCCAAGGGGUCGAAAGGGCAGAGGCCGAAAUGGAAUUACAACAAGUCGUAUGUCAAGCGUCACAAUGGAGAUUGA